AUGCCUAGUGGGUCCGCUUUUUGCCGAGCACAAGCAAGUGAAGCCAACGACAUCGCCGUCGCCGUCGCCAUCGCCGCUUCCUCCACUCUUGCACCCGAACGACCACUGCCACAUACCAUAUUGCUGCAUCUCACCUGGCAUCUCCGCGACACUCGCACCUACUGCGACUGCGCGAAAUCACCUCGGCAUACCGGCGCGAUACUUCCAUUGCAUCUCAAAACCAUGUCAUUCUACCGCGAUCUCAACGAGCGUCAUAGCUAUCGGAAAGGAAUAUUCCUCGCUAUCGCCCAGCAAGGAGAAGGCGAAGCAGAAGGACAAAGUGGCGGAUUUGGAGCAUCGCCGGGAGGAGGAAGAGGAGUAUCGUCGCUCUCAUCACCCGAGACGAGUCAGAUAUCAUUCCUAUUCGCCGCCGAGGAUCGCUCACGUCCCUCACAAUCGACGCCACCACUCUUCGUCACGAGUCCCGCAUCGCCAGGAGAGUCGCCACCGACAGUAUUGGGACGACGACGAUCUGGAGCUGGAUCGCCAUCGGAGGAAACGGUCGCCAUCCAACGAUCGGGAGCUGGAUCGCCAGCGUCGCCAGCGUCACCAUGGUCAUCCACCUCCGAGGCGCUAUCACCACAGCUCAUAGGAGGACGUGCUGAAGCCGAUGCCAACUUUCUGACGCAAACGCCAGAUUCAGUGGACACAUACAAGUCAAGCCAGCUAGCAUCAACCACUGCCCACCUACGAUCCCUGAUUGCCAAUCUGCCUACGCCUGUACCAUUACCUGUGACCCGCUUCCUCCCAGCCCGCGAGUCGUCACCCGACAGCAUUCAUUCUAGACACUCUAACAAGUCUAUCAGCAGCAUCUCUUCGAUAUCAGACGGCUCCUCAGAAAGCAGCUACGCUUUUGGCCUUCGCCGAAGAAAGCCCGACUUGCGACUCCUCAAGAAGAAAAGCAAGCCUUCUCAGCACCUCAUCCAGAAACCGUCGAUCCUGAAACUUCCUAGUGAUGGACGACGAUCGCCUUCGUUCUAUAAGCCUAAAGUCGUUGAGGAUACAGGGGUAGUGGAAUCCACGACCAAGCACAUUACGCCACCACCUCCCUCAGAGAAGCCCAUGCCACUCAGUUUAUCAGAGCUCUUGCGCACCGAUCCCGAUAUCAAGCCCAUUCGAAAAGUGCAGACUCUCAACCUGCCUGACAGACGACCAGAUCUGCUUCGUAACAGCCCCAACGAUAGCAAGAGUCGGCCAAACCUCCGGCGACGCAUAUCCGCGAAGAACAUCAAUUCUGGUCCACAACGGCGACAACUGCGCUUUGGUAGCCCACAAAUUCUAGAAACCAAGAGACAUCAUCACGAUGUCACGCCCCCAGAGGAUGAGCCGAGUGUUUCCGGUAAAAGCCCCUUUCGACAUGGCGAUUCAUAUUUCCACACGUUUGGAUCAGAUACGAUGUACAAUGAGGAAUUCAUACCUCCACGACCACCUCAAGCUAUUGAAGAGCGCAAGCAACAGUCAGAGCAGCUGACGUCGGGCUCUGAUUCUCGCAGUCGAGGAGAGCCUGGCAUACCACUGCCAUCGUUGCUGCAACCUGACAUAGCUGAGCCGCCAGUUCGGAAGCCCAAGAAACGGAAUUCAAGCGCAUUCUUCAACAUCUUUCGACUUGCUGCUUUCAAAGACGUCAACGUAUUUGAGCUGCCAUCGAAGAGAAAAGCGAGAACCCCACCACGAAAGUCGUCAGCAGCCACGCCAGUGACUCCAGCAGCGACGCCGGGCAUCAUGGUCAGCAGUCCGGUUGAUUCGCAGCGAUGUCCGAGCAUCGUGCCUGAACUCACAAUCCCGAGCUACUUCGCUCGACCUCCAAUUACACGCGGAGACAGCCAAACGAGUUUGACUCCGAUCAGUCCAGCAUUGUCACCGGGCGCUGUUCCAAUGAUCCCUGGAGAGCUCAUUCGUACUGCUCCGGAAUCUAUACGCAAAUCGCGGGCUCAGAACAGGUCGUCUUCGGAAGCCUUGUCGCCUUUCGGUACGCCUCGAAAUCGACAAAGAAGGUAUCGCGAAAGUAGUUUGGAGAAUGCGGCAGAAGUCCAUGAUGAGGGAUCAUAUGUUUCUGCUCCUGCAUCACGUUCGCCAUCAGCAGGCUCACGUAGCGCUCAAGUCAAUGAAGGCAGCUCAUACGGCAACAAGAGUGGCUCUAUCCAACCUUCACCAGGAGCGGAUGUUGAUGUUGCAUCGCAAGGAGUGCAUGAUGUGAGAGAAGAUUUUCACGAUGCAACCCUGAAGAAGAAACCCAGUAUUUGGACAGGCCUUUCCAUGAGUCUUCGCCAACACCGUUCCUCGACAACUCUCGAAGACAAUCAAGCUCAGAAAAACACCAUUGCGGCCAUCGCGCGCAGAUCAACAUUAUCCCUCAAAACAUCCCUCUCACGCAUCAACCUCCGCCCCUCAACCUCCACAAUCAACGUCCGUAACGGCAAACUCGCAAAAAAAUCUUCAAUCCUCCUCCUCCUCGAACCCGUCGAGAAACAGAAACCAGACAUCGAUCCACAAGCCCCUGCACCAACCUCAAAGCCCCGCCCCAUCACCCCCUCGGACCUCACCAUCACAUCCUUCACCCAAACCCCCUUCAGCCAACGCUACCACGACACGCAACGCGCGACGCAACAAGCCAUCCGCUCCUUCAUCUCCGACACGCUGGACGAAGAAUCCGACGACGAAACCGACAACGACAUCGUGCUCGGGUUUGAAACCGACGUGCCCGACCACCUCCCCGACAGUCCGUUGUGUCCUUUGCAUCCGAAACACAAAAGUGGCGGCAAGGCGAUUUGUCCGUUGCAUGGGAGGUCUGUGAUGAAGAAGAAGAAGAGGAAUGUGAAGAGUUUGAAUCGGGUGGAGAUUGUUUUUGAUACGCAGGAACAGGGGAGGAGGAUGGGGGGUGGUGGGACGGAUGGUGGCGGGGAUGGGUCUGAGGUGGAGGGUGUUUGGAGACGGGAGCGCAGGGCUAAGGCGAGGAGGAGUGACGAGGAGGGCAGAGGGAGGAGACGGGAACGUGGGGAGGGUGCGUGGGAGGCGAGGAGGAGGAGGAGGAGGGCUGGGAAGCGGAGGGUGAGGUGA